AUGCGCACAUGGGCGCAGAUAUCGGCGCGCUUGGCCUGGUUACUCUUCUGCCUCGUCUCCCACGCCAGCCACGUGGCAAAUGACUUCACCCUCCUCCUAGGCUUUUUCCUCACCGGGCAGGUGCUCACGCUGCCCGGCGCCGGCGCGUCGACGUCGCAGCACCUUCACCUGCCCGUUUUCGGCGCGACGAACGUGCACAUCGGGCCGGCGAAGGGUAACACGUCGGCGAAGUUUAUUCGCCCGGGCGUGAAGGGCGGCAUCAGCAUCAGCCGCAUGUGCAAGAACUGCGCCUCGUUCGUCAUGUACGCGGGCUGGAACAUGCCCGGCGCGCUCGUGACGUGGCAGAUGCUGCUCGAUGUCAAGUUCCCCUACCAUUUGCUCAUCCUGCAGUUCGGCGCCUUCGUCACCACCACGGGCCUGACCCAUCUGUUGGAGCUGUUCUCAUACGGGCAUCUGCCGCGCUUCCUGCUGCUGGGCAUCACGGCGUGCAAGCUGCUGUCCGCGCUCAUCAGCUGCUGCACCGUGCUGCAGCUGGGGCUCGAGCUGAGCGACAUUGCCAUGGUGCACGAACGCACCGUGCAGCUCAAGAGCAAGACGGAGGAGAGCAACAAGGAGGUGACGCGGCUGAUGGAAGCACACGAGGUGGAGCAGCAGCUGCGGCUGAUAGGGCAGCGCAUCCGCAGCACGCUGGACCACGGCGUCAUCAUCAGCACCGCGCUGCUCGAGCUGCGCGACCUGCUGGGCCUCGAAAACGCCGCGCUCUGGCUGCCCGCCCCUAACGGCCGGUCCCUGGAGCUGACGAAUGAGUGCGAGCACCGAGUGAAUCCCAUGCUCACCCUCGUGCCGCUCAAGGACAAGGUCGUCUCGCAGGUGAUAGCCAACCGCGCAGCCAUGAUCAUCCCAUCAUCCUGCCAGCUUGUCGAGUGCUCCGCACUGCCGCCCCCACUAGGCUCGGGCCGAACCAUUGAGGGAGGUAAGGCGGCCUGCUGCUUGCUGCGCAUCGAGUGGCGGGUGGCUCGUGAGGUGGCUGCAGGCGCUGCUGCCGUGCCGGUGACACUGGCAGACCCAGCCACGCCAGGAGCAAGGAGCCCUCAGGACGCGGCCUCCAUGGAGUAUGGCGUGCUCGUGCUGCUGCUGCCGGGGGAGGUCGCGGAGAAGGGCAAGGGGGGCGCAGGCGGAGGCGGAGGGGCGGGCGGAGGGGGAGGGGGAGGCGGAGGGGGAGAGGGCGGGUUGAAGAAGUUCCGCCAGGAGGUGCUGGAGAAGGUGGAUACGGUUGCUGAGCAGGUGAGCGGGGAGGGGAGAUCAGGAAAGGGGAGAGUUUCUUACUUGACUAAGGUAUUUUCAGCAGGGAGGUGCUGGAGAAGGUGGAUAUGGUGGCGGUACAGUAUCCCUCUCUCCUUCUCUCCUCCCCGGCCACAGCUGGCAGUGGCGCUGCGGCAUGCGGGGGUGCUGGAGGCGAGCCGGCAGGCACACGAGGUGUUGCUGGAGGAGGGCGAGCAGCUCAAGCAGGCCAACCUGGAGGGCAAAUCCGCUGUCAAGGCGCGAGACAACUUCCUGCAGGUGCGUACUGGACAGGUGCCAUCUGCGGCAGGUGCCAUCUGCGGCAGGUGUCGUCUGAGACAGGUGAUGAACGCCAAGAUGCGGACGCCAAUGCACUCCAUCACGGCGCUCUCAUCCCUCCUCGCCGAGUCGGACCUGAACGACGAGCAGCGCUCCAUGGCCGAAACCGUCGCCUUCUCCUCCACCCUCCUCGCCUCCCUCCUGUACGACAUUCUCGAGUUCUGGCGACUGGAGGAGGACAACAUGAAGCUCGUGCUGGGCCCCGAGCAGUUUGAGCUGCCGGCUCUGGUGACCGAGGCGGAGACGUUAUCAUCCCCCAUUGCAAAGGACAAGGGCAUCAUGCUGACGUUCAAGGCGGAUCCGAACCUGCCGGAGAGUGUGAUCGGGGAUGGCAACCGGCUGCUGCAGGAGGAGGACAACAUGAAGCUCGUGCCCGGCCCCGAGCAGCUUGAGCUGCCUGCUCUCGUCACCGAGGCGGAGACUCUGUCGUCGCCCAUUGCCAAGGACAAGGGCAUCAUGCUCACCUUCAAGGCGGACCCGAACCUGCCGGAGAGUGUGAUCGGGGACGGCAACCGCCUGCUGCAGGUGCUGCUGAAUGUGAUAAACAACGCCAUCAAGUACACAAACACGGGCACCAUUACAGUCACCGUCGCCCCCGAGCGCAUGGAGUGGGCGCGCGACGGAUUCGUGCUCAAGGCGGAGGCGGGGCACACGUUCAUCCGCUUCGAAGUCAAGGACUCGGGCGUGGACCUCCAGGCCGCCGACAUCCCCAAGCUGUUCGACAAGUUCCAGGAGGACGAGACCAAGGGGAGCAGGACUGGAUUGGGUCUUGCCCUUUCCCGGAAGUUUGUGCAGGCGGAGGCGGGGCACACGUUCAUCCGCUUCGAAGUCAAGGACUCGGGCGUGGACCUCCAGGCCGCCGACAUCCCCAAGCUGUUCGACAAGUUCCAGGAGGACGAGACCAAGGGGAGCAGGACUGGAUUGGGUCUUGCCCUUUCCCGGAAGUUUGUGCAGGCGGAGGCGGGGCACACGUUCAUCCGCUUCGAAGUCAAGGACUCGGGCGUGGACCUCCAGGCCGCCGACAUCCCCAAGAUCUUUGACAAGUUCCAGGAAGAUGAAACCAAGGGGAGCCGUACGGGUCUCGGCCUGGCGCUCUCAAGGAAGUUUGUGCAGGUGAGGGCUGGGAUUAAUGGCUUUGUGCUCAAGGCGGAGGCGGGGCACACGUUCAUCCGCUUCGAAGUCAAGGACUCGGGCGUGGACCUCCAAGCGGCCGACGUCCCGAAGCUGUUUGACAAGUUCCAGGAAGAUGAGACCAAGGGCAGCAGGACUGAAUUGGGGCUGGCGCUCUCCUGCAAGUUCGUGCAGCAUAUCUGCAUUUUCCCUCCCUGCUUCCCCUCCUGCCUCUCUGCCGCCCCCUCUGCUACCCUUCCUCCCUCCCUCCCUGCCUUGCUGCCUCCCUGCCCCACUGCCGGAACCGCAGCUGAUGAACGGGCACAUAUGGAUGGAGAGCAACGGGCGGGGCAAGGGGGCGACCUGAUGAACGGGCACAUCUGGAUGGAGAGCAACGGGCGCGGCAAGGGCGCGACGUGCAAGUUCCUGGCCAUGCUCAAGCUGGACGCCGAGGGCAGCGACCGCAGCGACGAGGACGAGGACGAGGGGCCCGACGUCAACUUCUUUGCUCUGCGGAUCAUGGUGGUGGAUGACAACAUGGUGAACCGACUAGUGACGAAGCGUCUGCUGGACCGCAUCGGCAUCUCAACGCGCGUGGUGGAGUCAGGCAAGGAGUGUCUGCGCAUCCUGGCGGAGGAGCAGGACGAGGAGAAGUACGACGUGUUGCUGCUCGACCUCAUGAUGCCCGAGGUGGGUUGGUGGGGGGGAAGGGAGGCGCAGGGGUGGGAGUGGGUGUUAAUCAAAGCAAGGUCAGCACGGGAGGAGCAGGACGAGGAGAAGUAUGAUGUGCUGCUGCUUGACCUCAUGAUGCCCGAGGAGGGUUUGUUGGGGGGAGGGGGAGGAGGGGAGGGGGAGAGGGGAUGGUGGUUGAGGGGGGUGUCCUCUUGGCCUAGUCGCAUCCUGACGCAGGAGCAGGACGAGGAGAAGUACUACGUGCUGCUGCUCGACCUCAUGAUGCCCGAGAUGGACGGAUACACGGUGGCCAACAAGAUUCGUACGGAGCUAAAGGCAGAGCUGCGGCCAAUGAUAGUGGCGCUGACGGCCAACGCGGACGAGACGACCAAGGACCAGUGCCUGCGCCACGGCAUGGCCGGCAUGAUCACCAAACCCAUCUCGCUCAAUGCGCUUCGUGACCAAUCAGUUAGGAUUUCCUCCAGAGAAGCUCCGAUCCAGUUCUCCACGAUGGCGCGUUUGGCUUUCCUCGUCGCAUCCCUGUCAGUGCUUCUGGUGGUGGCUUCUGCUCAGAAGCCAACCCUUCAGACUGGACCCAGCAACCCGACGGUCAACCUCGAUCAAGCCAAGGGCGCGAAUGGCGUCGUGACGAACGUCCCUACUAGCAUCGAGAAGGCAGCGGAUGACGGCAAGCUGGCUUCAUUGAAGGGCCAGACCGUCGUGAGCACGACCACUGACAGUAUUCUGCUGGUGGCCGUGAAGAAUUCCGCGUGGAACGCCAUGAAGUGCAAGAACGGCAUGAAGGGUAUGGACGCGAUUGGCAAGGGUGCGUGCACUCCUCAGAACUGCUCGUUCGGUGGCAUCGCCGCCAAGUGGAAGACGUCGAACCUGCUCAAGAACAAGCUGGGAGUGGAGGUGUACGUGAAGGGCAACCCCCUGACGGUGAAGAAGGCGUCCCCGCAGACGUGCUGCAACUCGUGCGCGGGCUACCCCGGCUGCACGUACUGGCAGUACAUCCCCGAUAUCACCAUCGACGGCAAGAAGUCGGACGGCGCGUGUUACCUGGUGCACGACAACAUCGACUUCACCUGCGGUGAGAUGACGGCGCAGUAUGCCACGGACUCGAAGCCCAUUCAGCUGCAGGUGCGCACGGGUGGCGAGUGCAACCCAUUGGCGAAGGUCGCUAACGACCCGCAUCUGGUGGGCGCGUACGGGACGCACUUCGACUUCAACGGGCGCCCAGACAAGGCUUUCUGCCUCCUGGCUGACAAGGACCUGCACAUCAACAUGCUGCUGCGCGGUUACUACUCUGACGACACUGAGAAUGCGGCGCUCGUCGUCGACGGCAAGGCCGUGCACACGUGGAUCAAGGAGCUCGGCAUCAUCUGGUUCGCCAACGGCGCCGACCACAUGGUGCGGCUCGCGGCGCGCGGCGGCAAGCAGCAGGAGCGCGGCGACGGAUUCAUGAAGACCAUCGAGAUCGACGGCAAGGUGAUGCCGAGGAUGAACGUCGGCGACGAGGUGACGACUGAGGGCGGUCUGACUCUGCGAUUCGCGGCGCUGGAGAAGGAGGGUCCGUAUGACGUGGACUACUACACGCUCGCGAUCGACGGGCUCGUGGCGCUCGACCUGCGCCUGCGCGUCGCCAACCCCAAGCUGCAGACCCCCAACGACGCCGAGGCGCACAUCAACGUGGGGAUUGUCGAGCUGGAGCACACCGACGACGUGCACGGCGUGCUCGGCCAGACGUACCGCCCCGACCACGCGGAGCGCGCCGCCAACUUCCAGAAGCUGAUCGCCAACCUGCACCGUCCGAUCUCGGCGGAGAGCGAGGAGGGCGCUGGGUUCCUUGACGGCACUCCCCGCAUGUACGAGUCGAGCUCCGUGCUGUCCGUGGACUGCGCGUACACCGAGUACCACCGCGCCAAGCAGCUGAGCCCCCUGCAGUAA